UGGUGGUGACGAGCUGACGAUGUUGCUCGGUGCGAUUAGUGCGUGAGACGGUAAUUUCUUCGUGUUUUCUUGUGAUCUUCAACACGGAUUGCGAAUUUCCAGGAUGGGCUAUGAUUUGGAACGCUUUACCAAACCAGUGGACGAGGAUUUCAAGUGCAGUAUCUGUUUAGCGGUUCUGGAGAAUCCGUUGGCCACGCCGUGCGGACACGUCUUCUGUGGCAACUGCGUGCUGCCCUGGGUGGUACAGCACGGGAGCUGCCCGCUCAAGUGCGACAAGUUCUCCACUAAGGAGCUCAACAGCGUCCUACCCCUCCGCAACCUCAUCAUGAAGUUGGAGAUCCGCUGCGACAACCACACCCGAGGCUGCCAGGAGGUGGUCAAGAUCCAAAUGCUGCCUCAGCACCUGGAAGACUGCGACUUUGCCCCGGUGACUUGCACCAAUAAAGGCUGUGAGGCCGUGGUCAGCAUCAAGGACUUGGUCCAGCACCAGACGCAGCAGUGCGAGUACCGGGCCGUGGGCCGCUGCGAGCUGGGCUGCAACCUGGUGCUGCAGCACAACGCCGUCGCGGACCACUGCUGCCUGAAAGCCAUGCAGGCUCACUGCGCAAACCUGCAAGCCAAAAUCUCGAGCCAGGAACACGGUCUCAAGAAAACCACGGUGCGAUUCGGCAAAAGGGAGAAAUCUCUCUUAGCCCAGAUCGCCUGCCUUCAGAACGAGAUCCAAAUGCAGGCUCUCCGUUAUCAGAAAAAGUUGAAUGAGUGUAAAGCAGAGGUGGAAUACAUGUCGGCAAUGGCCGUGUAUGAUAGGCCUUGUGAGGAAGUGCCUCUUGCUCUGCAACUUGGUCGCGAAAAUGGCAGCCUUGGAUUCAAUAUAAUUGGUGGCAAUCGGGUUGACGGAAUUUCAGAGGGUAUCAUUGUGUCAAGGGUCAUCGAGCAGGGACCAGCGGACAAGUCAGAACUGAGGUUGCAUGAUCGCAUCACAAAGGUAAACGGUGUGGACCUUUCCAAGGCCACCCAUGAAGAAGCUGUGGAAGCAUUCAAGAAUGCCACAGAGCCCAUCAUCGUACAAGUCCUGCGCCGGGCGCCACGGAGCAAGGUGCCAGGCGACAAGGAAGGCACGACGGCACUGUGCAAUGUCGGCACGCAGACGGAGCUGCAAAGUGAGGACCUGCUGUGGAAGGUGUUGCAGCGGUGCCCCAGCCCACUAGAAACGAAGAAUGGUGACCUGGACAUGGAUGGACUGUGUGAGAUAUCCCCCCAGGAGCAGAUGACGGUCAUUGAUGAUGACCUGAUGAAUGACCUAGAUGCCAUGGACAAUGUGGACAUUCCCAUCUUAGAUGAGGAUGGAAUGGACAAAGCCUAUGAACUGGAAUAUGAGGAUGUAACACUAAGAAGAACUUCAGAUGGUGCCAAACUUGGUCUGACUUUAUGCUAUGGUACGGAAGAAGACACGGGGAUCUUCAUCAAAGAGGUUGAUCCAAACAGCAUAGCCGGAGAAGACGGCAGAAUCAAGGAGGGUGAUCAGAUAUUGCAGAUCAAUGGCGAAGAUGUGCACAGUAAUGAUCAAGCCUUGUCACUGUUCGCCCAGCAGUCAGAUAGUACCUCGUUACUCCUCUGCAGAUCACAGCUACAGUUUGACGAAUGCCUGUUCGAUGAACACAAUGCAUUACUGGAGGACAUACAGCUAGACAUGCUCGAACAAACACACCAAGAGGCCAUGCAGUUUACAUCUUGCUUACUGGCAGAACAUGACAGCAGACAACUCGAUGACGAUAGCAAAACAGACACAACGGGAACCACUGAGACGACUUCCCUGCAUCACGAAAAAGACAGUGGGGUCGGCCGAGCUACAGAUGAGAGUGUGCGCAACGACGAAAGCUCAGGCCAGGAAAACAUGCCAGAUGACUGCAGUAGCACGCACCGGAAGUAUGCCCCGCAGCAGGCUAACAGGCUAGGCAACAGGGACCUGCGAUACAGCAAUGACAGCUUCAUCUCCAACGGGGCCACGGAGGCAGAUUUCCCCACCCAUGAGAUCUCACUGGAGGAUUGCAUGAAGUUCCAGGCAGCACUAGAGAGCAAGUGCGACAAGCACAUGCGCAGCGACACGGACGAGAGCACAAGAGGGAAGGAGUCAAAGGUCAUGCGGCUGGGAUCAGACUCUAUGGAGACCACCAGCCUGAGCGGCGACUCGCUCAGCCGCACCAGCCGUAAUCGGUCGGGUGCCAGUGAUCAGGACGAAGCCACACAGCACAGGGACGACAGUAAGAGCAGCAUCUGGGUGGCCCAGCAGAACGGACAGAAAAACCUUGAACCCAACGGCCAGCCUCGGGUCAGUCCAGAGGAGCCAGAGGAUCAAAGGUUUGAGCUAGAGUCCAGGAAAUUAGAAAUGAUCGUUGAAAAUGGCCAGGUGGGGAGUCCUACGCACAGACCCACGGAGCUUGUCCUCGAUGGCUUAAGAAACUCGGACAAUAGCCUCCAUCGGAUGAGCCCCAGUGAAAAGGAAACCAAGACCAUGACUUCAAGCUCGUCAGGCUCCACAAGGCAGCAUCGAGCUCCCAGAACAGUCCCUGGAAGUCCAGGUAGGAGUAAAUCUUCUUCUGGCUCCAGGGACAGAUCAAAGAGUUCCAGCUCCUCAGGAUCAGGCAAAGAAAAAUCAAGUCCAGUCAAGACGGCCACCGAUAAAGACAGUGGUGCCGGUGCCCCACCAUAUCCCUCCAAGCCUUACCGCCGACGACCUGCAACCAAUCCCCACCUGCGGGCGCAGCAGUUUGUCCAGCGCAAUCCUUACUUCUUGCAGCAGGAGGAAGCAGCGGCACAUCUCAUCCGGCAAAAUUGGAAGCUUCAGCAGCAGAAUCGUCAGCUCAAGAAGAGCCUGGAGUCCCUGGGCCCAGCCCAGAAACUGCAGUCCUGCCCCUCUAUCAUGUCCAUCCCCAGCCACGCCAAGCAUUACCGCAGCUACCUGCAUCUGGUCAACCAGAAUGAGGAGAACACACUAGGUACCAGCCAGCCCAGCAAGAAGAUCAUCAACCACAAUGAGUGGAAGGUGAAGAUCCGAAGCGACGGCACACGGUACAUAACCAAAAAGAACACCCGGGGGAAGAUCCUGAAGGAUCGGGCCAACAAGAUCCAGGAGGAGCGUGGUGGGCUGACGACCGACGAUGAGGCCAUGAGCGAGAUGAAGCUGGGUAGAUACUGGAGCAAGGAGGACCGGAAACGGCACUUGGAGCGGGCCAGAGACCAGCGGCUUCGCCGUGAGUACAUGGUGCAGUCUCGCAUGGAAUGCCUGCAGGAGCAGAUGGAAGAAGAAGGCAGAAAAGAGCUUAACAUUGUGGAACUGAGCCAGCGUAAGAUGCUGAAGAAAAAGAGCGGGCGGAAAAUGAUGCUGGACGAUUUCACCACCAUCCAGGAAAUGCUGGUCCAUGGGACGAGAGUCAGUCCCGAAACAGCCAAAGCCUUCUACAACCCUCUGCUGAACGUCACAACAGUAUGACGGCCCUAAAGACUCACUCGGUUGCGUGAAAAAGAAGAACACACACAAACAGCAACGUGUUGAUGAUUUAAAUGAUGAGCCAAAUGUACAGAUAUUUAUAACUGAAGUGCAAGAGAUCCGCUCAUGUGUUGAUGUUUUUUUAUAAGCUGGUGAAAGACAUUUCAAGCAGCUAAUACUCAGUGGAGAGUCAUCUUGAUACCGUGGUUGUAGAUUAAGUAUUAUUUGUUGAGUGCAUCCAUAUUCCCUUUAUAUUCUUGCCAGUUUGUCUGGGGAAAGACUUCAACAAAUUCUGACUACACUCAUGAGCCCUGAAAAAUGUAUUUCUUUUAAGCAACAAAUUCCAAAACACCUAAAUAUCUACCCCACCCCCCAAUCUCAGUUUCAUGUCUCAGGUCGGUGGCAUUUUCUUUACCCUUCAAAAUGCCCUUUUCUGAAGCAUUUUCCAAAGAGGACAUUCUUAUCCAUCUCAUCAAAUUGAUGACAGUAGACAACAUCGAUGGUUUGCCUUUGAGCUGUCUACUAGAACUCUUUCUAUUAAUUUUUUUUUCUUUUGCAAUUGAAGUGACAACAAGAGCUUGUGCCUGGGAAACUUUUUGCUUUUGAUUUUUUAUUUUUUUUAAAUUCUUUCUCAAUAUUACCAUCCAGAGCCUGUCAGCAUUUCAGGUUUAAAUGGCGAAGGUUCAACGGAAAUUGGCAAACUUGUUUUUCAGUGAUCAUGAACAAGAAAGAUCCCGGCACAAGCCAAUCAGUGUGCAGGCAUUUAUCAGCCAGGGCCUUAAGAGAUGAAUGAAAACACCAAAUGAGGUUGAAAGGUGCCAGAAAUGUUUUGAACGGAGUCAGGGCAAGUAUGUCAUCUACCUGUACAAAAGGAAAAGAAAAAAAUAAUCAGAGUGUGGUUAUCGGGGAUGAUUCAGUAGAAAUCUCCAGCAGGUUCUCUAGAUAUUGCUUUGAUACACUCCUGAACUCUCUCCUAUCCAAAGGAGAAGAGUUUAGAUCUCGGGCUCUGGCCUCACAAUCAGUCUCAGAGUUCCAACAGAGCAGGCCGACUGCCCCAAUGUGUUUAUUCGCCCCAUUUUUGGGGGUCAGCCGUUGUUGUCUUUACAUGGAGCUAUUUGAGGAAUCAGCACGACGAUGAGCAGAGAAAGUGAUCCAUGCUGAUGUGGCAUGGAUGGAAGAGGAAGGAAUUGCAUGGUUGAAGACAUUCGUGGUUGCAAUUUGUAAAUUCUUUUAAAAUCAAAAUUUUUUCAGUGGUUCUGCUUGGCUGAAAAAAAGUAAAAAGUAAUAGUUAUUGACACUGUAAUCGGCCCAAGGAAUUGUUGAGUUCACCACUUCAUCUUUCAUAAUCAUUUCUUUAGAAAACAUCGAAUUUUCAAAAGUGAAGUUUAAGUAUAGAGAUUUGUUGCAUUGGGCAAAAUUCAUAAAACUCAACAGAUUUUUUAAACAAGAACUGUUGCAGGACAGUAAAGAAAUUUUUUCAGAUCCACUUUUUAUAAACUCUUUAAAUUCCUCUACAAUUUACUGAUCAUUUUCUUGUUUUAUCUAAAAGUUGUACUUGUAUAAAACUAAGCUGCGCAUUACAUCAGCUGACUUGUUUGACUUGGAUGAAAUUUGUAAUAUUAUUUUAUGUUUCUCUGUUCACUGACUUUGAUGCUAGCUUCUUUAUAAGUGCAGCAUUACAUGUAAAUUGUAAAUUGUAAGUACACCACAUCAGAAAAUAUAUUAUGAACUUUCUCUGUAUUUAAGUGAGGUUUUAUCCAUAAACCUAUCAAUAAGUGGAGUUAAUAUUCUGUAUUGGAAUUACUUAAUAGUAUAGUGAUGCAGCAGGCUUGUGUUUGACAAUGCUGGUUUCUUUGGGGUGAAACUUUCAGAUAAGUAACUGACGGCUGUUGUAAGGGAUCAUUUCUUUUGAGGGAAGGCUGUAAAAAGGGAAGCUUUCAUUUGGUCUACAUUGCUCCACAUGUAUGUGACUGGCUAAAUUAGAAUUUAGCAAAUAACCGUUGUUGAUGUCAGACUUUCAUGCAGGAUAAUAAUACAAAAUACAAGGACUCGGCAGAUAAGUUUGUCAAGGUCAGAAGAACAGUAAGAUUUGGGAGUAGGUGGUGAAACCGUGAUGGGAACCCCACCUUACAUUUUGCCACGUGUCUCACGGUUUAAACAAGGGCCUAAGUUUUGUGGCAGUAAGUAAAAAGAGCGCCCUCUGUAGUUGCCUUUGCUUUUUUUCCCCUGUGUUUGCUGUUACCUGACCCCAGGUAUCUGUGACUCCAGUGCUGCUUGAAGACAGGUUUUCUAGUUAAUCAUUGAAACAAGCUGCUAUCAGUCUGAAGAAUGCUCCAUUUUAAGGGAAAUGGUUUUUGUUUGAUUUUCUUUACUCCACUUAUGCCUAAGUUACUGUUGACUACAUUUGGACACAAAAGACAGGUGGAUUGUUUCAUUUUAAUUUGGUACCAAGUUUUGUCAAGGUCAUGAAAUGUUGCAUGAUAUCCCUGGAACCUAGGUUUUUUUUUUUAAUACCGAAUUCUUCCCUCAACUUGUGUUUGUGUGAAACAUCUUGUGUUAAAGUUUCAUCUGUUUCAUCCUAAAUGUUGUGUAAGCCUCGCUGUUUGUGGUGGUCACCUUUGCCUAUACAAACCUUCAUUGUGCCUGUAUGAUUGCUUAGUGUAAUUCUAUAAACAAGGGGAAACGUUGAUGCCUGCUAGUCCCUCUUCCCUUCCUAUCGGCUCUGAGCAAGAACUCUAGAUGGCGCUGCACUGGUGUACACAGACCUGUGCUUGUGUGAGCAUUCCUGUGUUCUUUCAUGUAAAACAAACAUGGAGAAAAGUCAUUUUCCUUGUGCUGUGAACUCUCUUCCUGGGGUUUUGACUGUGCUUUCCUUUAAUGUUCCUCUUCAUUUUGAAACUGUUUAAGAAGUUGGUUAAUGUAUGGAUUGUACACGUCAAACUUUAAUUGAACAUACAGAAAGCUGCGCACAGGGAGAAAGUUUUGCACAAGUACUUCUGCUUUUUUUCUUAAAAGUGGGAAUAAACGUGAGUGAAAGGUUUCCUGUGCACUGUGUUCAUGAACAUCAAGUAUAUUAGGCCAUUCCAAGCUGGCUGUUUUGGUUGCCGGUCAAAGUUCACACAAUGUUUAUGGGGAGUUAACGAAUUUCCCAAUCCAAACUUUACUUCACCUCAGUAACACAGACCAUUUGCCACAGUUUCGUGUGGUUCUUUCAUUGGGCGCACCGGUUACAAUGUCCAUCAUAAUCAGAACUUUUAUCCUUAGUGAAGUAACAACAGUUUAUUUAAACUUAUUUCACUUCAUGUGUCUCAGUUUCCCUAGCAUCUGAAACGGUCCUAUAGACUGAUUGCGCCGUCAAGUCACGUGACCUAUAGUGGGUAUCAAACAUCAACAAACCCCAAGUGUUUUAGGUAUUGUUUACCAAAAAUGAAGCCAAUUUUUUAUUCUGUACCCAACACAUCAGUAGGCUGUGUAUGGUACUGACUGUUGGCUUUAUUUUUGAUGACUGACAGCUACGACACACUUUGCUUUGGGAGGACGCUAUGUUUCUUGAUGUUUGAUACCAUAGGUCACAAGACUUAGCGGGUGCCAUCGGUCAAGUCACUCCCCUCCCUGACCAAACCCCGCCACGUAACAAAAGCACCUGUGAGGCGUAAGUGUGCAUGUGUAUAACGACAUACAGAAAAGCGAUAUGGAAAGCUCUGUAUAAAAACUGUGGUCUCCAGUGUAAACAGUACCAGUAACAAUAGGCCUGUAUGGUUUGUAUUAUAUAAACUUCACGAAAUAAACACUACGUAUGAAAACAA